GGCGUAUGAAUUUUUUUGUAUAGGUUUUGCCAUAGGAAAUGCAUGAGAUAUCUGUUUCUGUAAUUGGGAAGCAAAAUUGGAAGAGAGGCGUGAUAGACCGUUAUUUCAGGUAAUUGUCUGCUUAACAGCCUCCAUUGGUUUUUGUUUUUCUAUUUUUAUAUGGCUAAUUGAGUUCCACCUUUCACAUUCUCUCUUCCUACCUUUGCAAACGUGCCACUGAGAGAGAGACACGCUGAGAGAAAGAUCUUGAUCCUCGUCCCCAACCAAGGUCAUGAUCUUCCUCCAUCUUCCCACAUUCUAAGUUCCUUUUUCUUUCUUAAUCCACACCCACUUUUUUUUUCUUUUUUUUUUUCUUUAAUCUUCAACAGCACUACAGAUUACGGAAACUUGGUUGUUAUUUUUUAUCCCAAUCUGUUACAUUCUGCAUGAUGUUGGGUUGCUAACAAGGACGAGAAAAUAAAAUAAAAUAAAAAAGGAAAGAAAACUACUAACAUGGCUAAUCGAUCAUUUUCUCAAUUUGUUGAGCAAGAAAUGGGGAAGUUCACACACUUUGUGAUCUAUGUGUUGCUUGAAUGGGUGCUGAUAUUCAUACUCUUCCUUGAUGGGUUUCUGGCAUUUUUGGCCAAUGAGUUUGCCAGAUUCUUUGAAUUGCACAUCCCUUGCUGGCUGUGCACCAGGUUUGAUCAUGUUAUGGUUCACAGAAAUCCUGAUUUCUAUUACAACGAGUCCGUGUGUGAGGCUCACAAGAAGGACAUGUCGUCUUUGGCAUUUUGUCACAACCACAAGAAGCUUUCUGACAUAAGGAAGAUGUGUGAGGGGUGCCUGCUUUCAUUUGCAACUGAGAAAGAAUCGGAUUGCGACACCUACAAGUCCCUUGUGGGGAUUUUGCAUAAGGAUUUGGAGUGCUUUGUUCAGGAUGACCAACCAAUUCAGUUGAGUUUGAAGGAUGAUGGGGUCAUGCAGGUUGAUAGAAGCAGCAACCAGAAGUGUUCAUGCUGUGGAGAGCCAUUGAAAAUGAAGUCUUCUUCUAAUUCUAAUAUAAAAGUGAAGCACUCGUCAUCAUUUGCGCGAGCCCCAACUCCUUCACCGAGAGCUUUUCCAUUUUCAACAUCAAAAAGUGAGGAACCUAAUGGUCUAGAAUUGCAUCACAUCAGGUACAAAGAACUCAAAUUUAUGUCGGAUCCGGAGCUUCAAGAGGAUGAGUUUGGCUUCAAUGUUAAUAGUCCGAUUGUUAAAUCAAGCGGAGACACCAAAUCUACCUCUUUGCCUCUAUUGGGAGAAGUUGAAGAUUUGAACGAUGAGUCCAGCAAAUUCACCCCAACUUUUACAAGGGGCAAUAAGUUCUUUGGAAUCCCACUCACCGAUUCUGCAAACAACAGUCCCAGAUGGACUUACAGGAUUAACAGGAAAUCACCACUGGAAAAGACAGAAUUUUCCUCUGACUCUAAUGAUGUAAAUCCCCAAACUGAUUUUGAUGAUGCCAUCUUAAACAAUUUGAAGAGGCAAGUUCGUUUGGAUCGCAAAUCACUCAUGGCUUUGUACAUGGAGCUGGAUGAAGAAAGAAGUGCUUCAGCUGUUGCUGCCAACAAUGCAAUGGCCAUGAUCACCCGGUUACAGGCCGAGAAGGCAGCGGUGCAAAUGGAGGCUUUGCAGUAUCAGAGAAUGAUGGAGGAGCAGGCUGAGUAUGAUGAAGAAGCCCUACAAGCAUCUAAUGAUAUGCUUCUCAAACGAGAGGAAGAUCUCAAAGCUUUAGAAGCUGAAUUGGAGAUUUAUAGAAAAAAAUAUGGAAGCUUAGCAGAAGAAAAUACUUUUAGUAGGGAAUCUAACUCAUCUAUUGGUGAUAAUAGCUCUUCAUUCAAGCUCAAUGAAGGGGAAGGUAAUGCAGAAAAAGGCCUCAAUUCUAAUCAAGUUGUAUCAUCUCAGGCAGAAAAUGGAGGGGUAAAACACAAUGAAUCAGUCAAAGAUUUUAAAGCAGAGAAAACAUAUCUUCUUGGCCGGAUGAAGAAAACAGAAAAUAGAACACCCUUAGCAGAAAGUGGAAUUUAUUCCUUACUGUCUAGCUCUGACAGUGUUAAUAAUUUAGACAGCGAGACAGGAAAAGGAGGUGAAGCCUUUCUACCAAAAGAACUGUCUUUCCUUACUGAAAGGGUGAAGGCUCUGAAAGCCAACAGUCGGUUCUUAGAGCUUGUUUCCAUUAGAGAUGAGAAAGAUAGUGAAGGAACCAAAAUUUUAUCAGAGAUAUCACAGAAUCUAGAGAAACUCAGCCACCUUGUUAUGACCUCAUUUGAGGUAGCGAAUGCAUGAUGCCUAUUUUUCUUUUAUAGUAAUUGGCUCUUUUAAGUGUACUGGAGCCAAAUGAUCAUGCUUAGAAUGACGAUAAUUGAAUUUCAUGAGGCUGAGCCUUAAGAAAACAACAAAAGUCUAGCUUGUGGUGAAAUUGUGAGUUAUUCUGACACUAAGAUCCUUUGCCAAGGGGCAGCUCGAGUGUUGGAAGCAUGGAUGUUCUUCUACCUCAAGAAUGUGUCUGUAAAAUACCUAAAUGCCUAGAGGUCAAGGACUUGAACAAUCAAAGCAUGUCCUGUGAUAGGAUUUUAAUCCCCAUUUCUAGGUUUGGCUAGCUUUACCGGGAUCAUUUGGACAAACUUGUCUAGGGUUUACUUGUUUAUAUGACUACUAUUGUUAACGGUUCAUUUUUUUCUUGUUAGUA